ACUCUUCCAAAUGAUCUCCGGCGAGUAUCUUCAUCGGAAAUAAUGAUUCGAUAUACUGAAAUCAAAUGGCUACCCAACGACGGAGAUCGUUAUUAACCCUAAUUUUCAUCUGCUGCGCCAUUUCUUCUACUUCAUCUGAUCAGGUUGGAACCAGUUAUGGAGACUCCGAACAGAUUCGUUCACUCUGUAUCUCUGAUCGUUUCGUCAUGGAGUCUUAUUUCACUACUUCACACACUUCCUUAGACGACUCGGAGUUUCGAAACUUCUUGCUUCUUCAACAAUGUUCUUCUGAACAUGAUCCUCCAAGCAUUGUUCCUGCAACUUCAUUGAUACAACACAGAAACGUGACAGGUGAAGGUUCACAUCGUAACCUCCUUACGUCCAUCAAGCUUCUUCCUCUUUACUCUGAGUUUCAGCUUCACGAGCUUGUGAUUCUUGAACGUUUGCCUUUGGGAGUUUUCGCUGAUCCUUUUGAGCUUCAGAGUCUUCAGCAACGCAGAGUUUUUAGUGAUGUAUCGGUGUUUGGAGACACGAAUCUUGAGCUGCCUUCGUUUAGAUCGAACAGAUCUGUUGUUGAGAUUCAUGUCGAAGUCAGUCCUAGAGAUUAUGAAAAUGGUGAAAUCAGCUUAAAGCUUCCCUUACAUGCUCGGUAUCAGCCUCUUGACGACAGUGGAUACUCUAGAGUGGAGUUUGGAGAGCCGGACUUGUUCUUGUGCUCGAGUCAUGAACAGAGAAGAUGUUUGGUUUUGUCGAUCGGCAGAUCCAAGACUGAAACCACGUCAGUUUUCUGGGAUAUACCUGCCGGAAUCAGGAGCCAUACACAGUAUGUUUCUGCCUUGACAUUUGCGGCAGCGGUUUUGUCUGCAUUUUCAAUUCUUGUGGCAUCGGUUUUGAGCUCAAAGUUUGAAUCUUGUAAAAACUCAAAGCAGUCAUAAUAACUCAGUUUUUGGUUUCAGACUUCUUUGUGACAGUCAUUUGAGUCAAUUGAUUUGUUUCCUCU